CGACGCCACCGGCGCCGCCCCAUUGCGCAGGCGCCGCCCCUCGGCCCGCAUGCGCACCCAGUGCGGCGCGGCCUGAGGAAAUUUCCUUCCACUCCCUCUGCAGCAGGCUCCAGUUUCUCCUCCUAUCUUCUCCGUUUUACUAGUCCCUGCAGGAUUUCACUAGAGAACUAUUGGGGAAAAGUAUCAUGGAAGUUCUGCGCCCACAGCUUAUAAGACUUGGUGGACGGAUUUACAGAAAAAAUCCCAUCCAAGAACAGACUUAUCAACAUGAAGAAGAAGAUGAAGACUUCUGUCAAGGCUUCAUGGAGUGUGCAGAAGAGCCCUGUGAUGCCUACGAGGUGGUGCAGACCCAGCAAGGUUUCCGGUGUACCGUGAAGGCCCCCAGCCUGCUCUACAAGCAUAUAGUUGGAAAGAGAGGGGACACUAGGAAGAAACUAGAAGUGGAAACCAAAACUUCUAUUAGCAUUCCUAAGCCUGGACAAGAAGGAGAAAUUGUAAUCACUGGACAGCAUCGAAGUGGUGUUAUUUCAGCCCGAACUCGGAUCGAUGUUCUUUUGCUCACUUUUAGAAGAAAGCAGCCCUUCACUCACUUCCUUGCCUUUUUCCUCAAUGAAGUUGAGGUUCAGGAGCGAUUCCUGAAGUUCCAAGAGGAAGUACUGGAGAAGUGCUCCAUGGAUCAUGGGGUUGAUAGCAGCAUUUUCCAGAAUCCCAGAAAGCUUCACCUAACUAUUGGAAUGUUGGUACUUUUGAGUGAGCAAGAGAUCCAGCAGACGUGUGAGAUGCUACAGCAGUGUAAAAAGGAAUUUAUUGAUGACAUUUCUGGGGGCAAACCCUUAGAGGUAGAGAUGGCAGGGAUAGAAUACAUGAAUGAUGAUCCCGGCAUGGUGGAUGUUCUUUAUGCCAAAGUCCAUAUGAAAGACGGCUCCAACAGGCUGCAAGAAUUAGUCAAUCGAGUGCUGGAACGUUUUCAGGCGUCUGGACUAAUAGUGAAAGAGUGGAAUAGUGUGAAACUCCAUGCUACAGUCAUGAACACUCUAUUCAGGAAGGACCCCAAUGCUGAAGGCAGGUACAAUCUCUACACAGCGGAUGGCAAAUACAUCUUCAAGGAAAGAGAAUCAUUUGAUGGCCGAAACAUUUUAAAGGAAACAAACAUGUACAAACUAAGAAAUGAUAGGCUUCACAGAUCAUGUGAACAGAGGAAAGCAGGAUGGUUGGAUUUUAUCUGUCAUGGAAGCCUUGGCUUUGACCUAUUAAAAAAACAAAAUUCAACUGAGUACAUUUAAAGAUCUGAUUGACUUUAUUAAAUGAUUCAUGAAUCCGGCAGCAUCCCAUCCUUGCAGAUAAAAAGGAGCUCCAAGGAGACGUACAAAAUGGAAGGCUUUUAUUGGAAGAAGGGAGUUGGGUGCGAAAAAGCAGUUUCUAGCAAAGAAUGGUUUGUUUCAGGCAAGGUCACCUUCCUUUAGGGUGAAGGCAGGGGUCUGUCAGGCAGAUGACCUCGCCAGUACUUACCAGGUAAUUCCAGAUUGGUGAAAGGUCACAUUCCUGGGAGAGGCUGAAACUGUAGUGAGGUUAGUUAUUAAGUCUUUGCUGGCGUCGGGCUUAGCAUAGGUGACUCCAUUUGGGGCCUGCUUUUAUUUGUUUAUUUUUUAACAGAGCAAAAAUGUUUCAUCUUGAUAAUCCACACUUCUGUCUUUACUUGGUGAAAGGAAAGGUUUGUUCACUUUUCUAAAGAUACUGGGAGUAUUCGGUGAAGGAUAGCAGCUGCGUGCACAACAGUUUUCAAAUGUUGUAUUUAUACUUACUUAGAUUUACGUUUUUCUUCUUAAAUUGUCCAGUUUGGUACUUAUUAAUUACAAAUAGUGUCACGAAUGUUUGAAGUCUUAAAUUCUAAUUUUAUUUCCUUAUCAAAUAUUUGUAGUUUUGUGUAGCUGUUUAUCGUUAUGUUCCUGUACAGCAUGCUUUUUUUAAAAUGCUGGCUUCCAGCACAACAGGGCUCUGUGUGAGUGUGUGUCAGAGAUGUUUUCAGAAAGAAAGUGGCUUAGGUUUCAAAAUUCCCAAGGGAGUUGUUAUAAAACAACAGUGAGGAGAAAAAACUCAGCAUGAUUUAAAUACCUCAACAUGAUUCUUUUUUAAUUUAAAUUUUUCCUGUUAGGUCUUUUAUUUCCCAAACAAUAGACUGCUUUGCUCUUCCUGAACUACUUUAGGCUAGAGAGAAUUUUUUUGAGUUUAAGCUCUUUCCUCUUUCCUGUCUCAGGUACCUAAUUAAAUAGAGCCACUUGUGCUUAUGUUCAUCCAGAAUUCCAGUAGAAUUCUUCCAGCUGAACUAGAGCAAUCCCACAGCAGGUUCCGGAUACAAAGGUGGCAAGGAAAGUAGGAGUAGCAGGUGAAAGAAUGUGCUCAUUUCAGUCACCUCAGCGUGACUGGCUGGGGUGCCCUCACUGGGGCUUGAGCUGGGGUGUUGGAAGGGGCACCACCCACAGAAAGGGGCUGGGGGUGCAGGGGUACAGGAGCCCAGGUUCCAGAAGUUAGGCUGCCUAGGCUUACAUCUCCAUUUGCCUUUCUUUUUCUUUUCCAGCUUUAUGAAUCUCACUUUUGCACCCUUUACUGGCCAUGUACCUGUGGGCAAGUUACUUAAGCCUUUUAAACUUCAAGUUCAGCUAUAACAUGGGAACUAAUAAUUAGUAUCUGCUCCUUGGGGUUUUGAGGAUCCAGUCAGAUGGCCUCAUGAAGCCCAAAGCAUAAUGCCUGGCACACAUACUUGCCCAGUAAGUUGGCCAGUAACAAUCUUUAUUUUAUUAGUGUUGUCAAUACAUAUGUACUGUUCACUCUGAUUUUUUAAUAGACAUUUAAUAAUACCGGCAUUGGUAACUUUGUUAAAAAAAUCUCCUAUUUUGGGGGCACCUGGGUGGCUCAGUUGGUUAAGCAUCCAACUCUUGAUCUCAGUUCAGGUCUUGAUCAGUUCAGGGUUAUGAGUUCAAGCCCCGUGUUGGGCUCCACAUUGGGCCUGAAGCCUACUUUAAAAAAAAAAAGAAUCUCCUGUUACAAUACAUUUGAGUUCAUAAAAAUUUAAAUGGACCUGGUAAAAACCACCAUAAGGGAAGUCAAAAGACAAAUGACAAAGGAAGGAGGAUAUAUUUGCAAUUCAUACCAUAGACAAAAGGGUUUACUUCUCUACUGUAUAAAGAACUACUAGUCACUAAAACAAUAGACAGUUGUAAAGUUUUUAAGGGUGAUAUGCUUCCAUUUAACUGUGCUACAGAUUUCAUGUUGUGAAUACAUAUAUACUCCGAGCAAAACGGGAAAACUUAAGGUUGGAGUGGGGCUUGGGACACAUGUUACCAAAGAAACGGCCAUGAGUGUGUAAACAGACCUGAAAUUUUUGUUUUUCCCCAUAAGAUAGCCCCCUCUCAGAAAUGCUCUGUUACUGUCCAUGGUACCCUCAUAUUUACUCUGUCAUCCAGGAUUUUUCUUAUGUCCUUUUCCUGACUCCCCCAUCUCCAGAAAGUCACUGAGUCUUUUCUGUGUUUCAUUCAGAGCAGAGUAUCUCUGCUCCAGUCUUUCCAGUCAUGCAACUACUAAUCUCUGUCAUGACUGAGCUGCUGCCCUGGUUUCCUUUACUUUGUCUUGUUCCCUCAUCCAUUCGGCACAGUGUACCACACCCAGAUCAAUUUCCCUAAAACAGGGUUUCAUGUUGGGCCACCAACCUGCUCAGAGACCUUCAGUGGUUCCCCACCAUCUAGAAUGGAGUCUGACUUCUGAACCAGACCCUCAGGGUCCCUUAAUGUGAUUCACCGUCCUAUGUCUCUCGACUUAGUCUUUCUCACUAUGAUUUUUCAGGGACCCUCCAAACACCUAACCUGGUCUGCUUGACCCUGCUGCCCAUGCCCAUUUCUGCCUUCAUGCUAAUCUCCUCCUUCUGUUUUCUGAGUCUUAUACUUGCUGCAAGCCCCAGCUCAGUUCCGGUCUCCUCUAGAUGGCUGUCCUAGGUGCCCAACCUCGGCGUCCAUUGUUUUCUUGCCUUGAUGCAUUUACUGAUUGCCUGUACCUCCCCUCUCACACUUAACCUUUGCCACCUUUGUUGUCUUCGGUAAACUUUUUCAUUGAAGCAGGACAUACUACAGAAAAGUACCUAGAUCACAGAGUAAGUCAGUAACUUUUCACGAGGUCAACACACCCGUGUCAUCCAUGUUUCUCUCUUCUGAUUCACACCCUGUCUCCCUAACUAGAUGGUAAGCACCUGGGAGACAGAACCAAAUCGCAUGCCUUUGCAUAAAAAUGCAUCACAUCAGGUACUCGGUGACAUUUCAGAUCAGGAAUUGGAGCUAAGAAAGGGGUCUAGGCUUUGACAAAUAAGAAAUACAUAG